CUUUGGUCCCGCAUCUCGAGCCUCCUUUCUUGCCUUGGAUGAGGUGACAGAUCUGUCGACUAGAUGGCACAGUCUUGAUUUUGCUCUAUCAAGGCGUCGUCAGCCAACAAUCAACCAUCCAAGGCAGUCUGCGCUGGUCAACACCUCACCCACGACCUCUGCCCCUCUCAUUCUCUUGAAUCAUGCACCAACACUCUGGUUCCAGCUCUUACCCCUCAGCGAUCUCAUCACAAAACGCUCCUCGUCGGCGCACCUACCGUAUGGCUACCUCUCUCGCCUGCCUGCUCCUCGCAGCAGUAGCAAGCCCUGCACUCGUCGAGGCGGUCCCACCCUUCAGGCCUCCUCCUCACUUGACCGCUGCCUUCCCGCAAGGAUGGGAACGAGACUUUGGGCCACCACCUCCUGGCCUGGCGCUGCGCAGCAACGGCCUCCCCUCUGAGUCGGACGCCCUCUUGCACUGCCUCCAAUCCUCCAACAUCGAGACGAUGACCUCCUCCCUCAACGGCUCCGCAGCAUACUGGGAAGCGGCCCAGUCUGACAAUCUGCGCUUCCACUACCAUCCCGAGGCCAUCGUCUACCCUCGAAGCGCCAAGGAGGUCUCAGCAGCAGUCAACUGCGUCUCUGCCCACUCCCCUCGCACGGCCAUCGCUGCAAGAUCAGGUGGCCACUCCUUUGCAGGUCACGGUAGUGGAGGAUGGGAUGGUAGCUUGGUUGUGGAUUUGAAGCACCUAGAUUCCAUCCGUUACGAUGGCAAGAGUGGGACUGCGGCCGUGGGCCCAUCAGCCAGGCUAGGAGAUGUAGUCAAGGGACUCUGGGGCUCUUCAGGCCAGCUCAAACGCGCUAUGCCUCACGGAACCUGUCCUCCAGUCGGCGUGGGCGGGCACGCCCUCUGCGGCGGAUUUGGACCAACGAGCCGACAGUGGGGGAUGACGACUGACAAUCUGCUUGAGGCAGAGGUGGUGUUGGCGGACGGCAGCAUCGUGACUGCCAGUCCGAGGCAGAACAAGGAGCUCCUGUGGGGGCUCAGAGGGGCAGGGAGCAAUUUUGGCAUCGUGACACGGCUCACCUUCCAGACGUACGAUGCAAGUGGAGAAUGGGUCUUCACUGAGAUGAGGUGGAGCCCUAGCCUCAAGACGGGAGCUGAUGCGGCAAAGGUGGUCCACGCAGUACAGACUCUGGCAACGGACGACUCCAUGCCGCGCUCGUACGGCUUCCACGUUCAGCUUCAACCGGCAAACCGCGGCGAUCCCCCUGGUGGACCAUUGGCGUUGCACAUGCGGGGCAUUUGGCAUGGCGAGCGUGCAGAGUGGGAGCGGCAGAUAGAGUCGAAGCUACUCAGUGGCCUCAAAGCAGCCGGUGCACCAGAGCCAGACGCAAAGACGAUCACACCGAUGAGCUACCGUGCCGUCAUGGAAGAGUGGGACGACUUCGGCAAGCCCGGUGACAAGCUCGACACUCUCGCUGAACGACUCGUCCGUAACAAUUUCCUCGCUCGGACGCGCCUGACAAAGGGGCAGAAAGGAUUCAGCCUAGCUAGUCUCGAGGGCAUGAUGGCUCCCCUGCUCGAGCGGGCCAAAGGAAGCGAGCCGACACUUGAGGAACCCUUCAUGUGGAAUGUCUAUUUGGAGAUGUACGGCGGUGGCGGCAAGCUCGGGGCCCGGCAUCGCGAUCAGGAUGUGAUGGGGGCAUCCUCGCUACCUCACCGCGACUCACUUUGGCUGAUACAGAGCGCUGCAGGUACUUGGGGCCGUAAUCAGCUCCCAAGGAAAGCGCACGACGUCCUCGAUGAGCUGGACGAAGGGUUCGCAAGGGCGCUGCAAAAGGAUGGCAUCGAGGACAGCGGGUACGCUUGCUAUGUGGACGCGAGGGAGGACGCGGAGGAGGCGACGAGGCGGCACUUUGAUCAGAAGACGGCAGAGAGGUUGAAGAAGUUGAAGAGGGAGGUGGACCCGAGGAAUGUAUUCAGAAAUCCGCAGGGGAUCGCGGGGACUGAGUACAUUGAUGAAGGGGCGACGGAGCUGCUUGAGGCGGGGACCUCGAUGAUACAUAUACGGCCACCACUCGCGCAUCCGUUGCCGAGGGGCGUAAGGGCAAGGAGGGCGGUCUAGGGAUGAGGCGACAAUACUGCGGCCGAUGAGGAGCGGCAGACAUUACUUGAUACCCUGUACGGAGCUUCACCUUGCUGGUCGAAUGGUACAACAUGCGCGGUACGCACAUACUAUCAUCACACCU